AUGCAUCGUCCAAGGAGACCCACAGUACAAAACAUUUGAUAAACUGAAACAUGAUUUUAGGGGGACAAACAUGUAUGUGCUGGUGAGAACCAAAAAUCUGCCAAAGAAUCUCCCAGAAAUCUAUAUAGAGGGGACAAAUGCAUGCACUGACAGCAGUGAGGAAACUGGGAGAAGUGAAAUCAGUGGAGAGGAGGAGGAGGAAGAAGAGCACAAACAAAGAUUGCAGGAGCUUAAAAUUAAAGUCUACAAUCACACUGUAGAGCUUAAGCACAAGAAGAAAGUGUUUGUGGAUGGAAAAAGAAUUGAAGCUCCAGGUUCAGCAGCUCCUGGCCUUAAGAUCCAAAUGCAUUCUUCUCGUAUCUACCUAAAGACAGAUUUUGGUCUGUCUGUGGAAUUCAGUGGACACUGUAAAGCUGAUAUCAUUCUGCCAUUCCUUUAUAAAAGGAGAGUGGAAGGCUUGUGUGGAAACUUUGACGGCCGAAAGACAAACGACAAAGUGAAGCCAGAUGGAGCUAUUGCUAAGAAUACACAAGAGUUUGGUGAAAGCUGGAGAGUGUAUACCUAAGUCUACAUUUUCAUGUUUCAUCUCUAACUUUGUAAAAUCCUUGGAGGUAGCGUGGCACUGUGCCUUAAAACUUUCAGACUGGCUUUGCUAUGCAUGUUCCAGUUUCCUUUGAAUCGAUGUUUCUCUGCAACGUAAUCUCAUGAUCAUCUGUUAAAAUACUCAAAUGAAUAAAUGCAAUUUGAAUCUAAAUGCAAGAUUCAUAAGUAAGAAAAUGUAAAGUGUAUUUCAAAUGCAAUGCCCUGCCUUCUGACAUUUCAGUCUAAUAAAUUCAGAGGAAAUGA